AUGCCCAACUCGUCACCGCCGCAUUACUCAUCCAUCGUGGGCUCGCCAGUCGGUACCCCCGACCUGCCCGGCCAGAGUGCUCUACCGCCCUCAAAUGCUUCAGCGUACACUCUAGCUACCAUCCCUCAUGCAGGCUCCGAUGCAUCCUCCUCCAAUGCAUCUUAUGGCGCGACAAUGCCCAUGUCACCCAAUAGCAAUAUUUCUUCUAGAAGAAUUCUUUUGAAUGCUGGAAUCAAGAUGGCAGCUUUGUUUGUUAUCAGCACUUUACUUCUUGGAGGGACAUUGUGGCUCGCAUUACCUCCUUUAGAAGAACAAGACCGUCCUUUCCUUCGUGUACCCAAGUCGUUCGCUCAGUUACAGGAUCUCAAUUAUUUGCUGAAGAAAUAUCGCGAUAUCUAUCCAAUACGUGUCAUCAUAUGCUAUGUUACCACUUAUUUAUUCUUACAAGCUUUCUCUCUUCCGGGUUCAAUGUAUUUAUCAAUACUUGGUGGCGCAGUCUGGGGUGUCCCCAUCGCCCUUCCACUCGCGUGCACAUGUGUCGCCUGCGGCGCAACACUCUGCUACCUCAUCUCCGCCGCCCUCGGUCCCGCUCUUUUAACACUCCCGAAGUGGGCUGCACGACUAGACCGCUGGAGCGCCUCCCUCGCCGCACAACGCGCAAACCUCCUAUCCUACCUCAUCGUCCUCCGCAUCGCACCUUUCCCCCCACACUGGGUCGUCAACGUCCUCGCCCCGCAUCUGCGAAUUGGGAUUAUCCCGUUCUGGGUUAGCACGUUCUUAGGCAUUCUCGGCGUGACUGUGAUCCAUACAACGAUCGGUGGUGGACUAGACGAUAUGACGAGUGCAGCAGAUUUCCAUCUCAUUUCAUGGCGGAAUGGACUUGGGCUGAGUGCCGUCGUUGUUGGUGUACUUAUCCCUGUUGGACUGCGUUACGUCCUUUCUCGUCGUGUAGGAGGUGCAAUUGCUCUCCCAGAAGAUGAGGAGGAAGCAGGCGAAAUCGACCCUGAGACAGGUGACACAGUCCUUGCGCAGGGACUAUACGCACCAACAGGGAAAGGCAAGACUCCUGCCCCUUUACUCGUCCUCCUAUCAGACUCGGAAGAAGAAGACGAGGACGUAGAUCUGCUAGACGAAGAAGAGGACGAGAUACUCCUUUCCGGAUCUGCUAUCGAACCAGAUAAUGUUAAAGGGAAGAACGUUGAGCGCGGGGAAAGGGAGAAGCUCAUCCCUACGUCUGCUGGUUCAUCCAACUCGAAUUUGAUUUCGGAUUCUAAUUUGACGACGAAUACGAACACGAACAUGAACAAUCCUUUAGACCUUUUUCCCCUUCCUCUUCCCAUUUCUUCUCCGAAGCCAAGCAACUGACGUUCGUUAGGCUGUCGCAUUCGGAAUGUUGUGUUGUCCUUUCUUGCUACUACUAGUACUCUGAAUACUCACCUGUGUGUUGUUAAUUGCGCGUUGCUCGCAUGUGCAGCUCGCUGUAUGUUUCCAU